AUGGCUGCACUGAGUUGUCUUUUGGACAGUGUUAGAAGGGACAUUAAGAAGGUGGACAGAGAACUAAGGCAAUUGAGAUGCAUCGACGAGCUUAGCACACGAUGCCUGUGCGACUUAUACAUGCACCCGUAUUGCUGCUGUGACCUGCACCCGUAUCCAUACUGCCUGUGCUAUUCCAAGCGAUCGCGCUCUUGUGGCCUGUGUGAUCUCUACUAUCCAUGCUGCUUGUGUGAUUAUAAGCUUUACUGUCUUCGACCUUCUCUCAGAAGUUUGGAGAGGAAAGCCAUUAGAGCCAUAGAGGACGAAAAGAGAGAGCUUGCCAAAUUGAGAAGAACAACCAAUAGAAUUCUUGCCUCCUCUUGCUGUAGCAGUAACAUUUUAGGAUCGGUGAACGUGUGUGGCUUUGAACCUGAUCAAGUCAAAGUUCGGGUGAAGGACGGAAAGGUGUGUGUGUCGGCUGAGCGUGAGAACAGGUACGACUGCCUUGGAUCGAAAAAGUACAGCUACAUGAACAUCUGCAAAGAGUUCAGCUUGCCACCCUGUGUGGAUGAGAAAGAUGUGACGUAUUCCUACGGGCUCGGCAGUUGUGUCAAGAUAGAGUCUCCGUGCUACCCUUGCACUUCUCCCUGCAACCCCUGCAACCCCUGCAACCCAUGCAACCCCUGCAACCCCUGCAACCCCUGCAACCCUUGCAGCCCUUUGUGUGACCCUUGCAACCCAUGCUAUCCCUGUGGAAGCCGAUUUUCCUGUAGGAAGAUGAUUUUGUAA